AUGUCUGGCUACCCCGACCGCACCACGCCCAAGUGGGUGGCGGCGGAUUCGGCCGGCCGCAGCGCCACCCGCUGCAUUCCGCUGGAUGGCUGCGUCGAAGAACUCCGCUCCUCCCAGGACGAGGUGAUGAUGGGGAUCGACGAGGCGGGCCGCGGACCGACGCUCGGCCCGAUGGUGUACGGCUCCGCGUACUGCCGCGUGGCCGACCUGGACAAGCUCAAGGCGAUGGGCUUCGCCGACUCGAAGACCCUCACCGAGGCCAAGCGCGAGGCGCUGUGGGCCGACCUGCGCGCCUCCGGCUUCCUCGGCUGGCGCAUUCGCGUGCUGCACGCGCAGGAGAUCGCGGCGGGGAUGCUGCGGCGGCCGAGCCCGUACAACCUGAACGCGAUGUCGCACGACGCGGCCAUCGGGCUCGUGCGUGAGGUCAUCGAGCUCGGCGUCAACCUCCGCCACCUGUACGUCGACACGCGCAAGCUCGAGGGAAUCUUCCCGUCGCUCUCCAUCACGGUGGCCAAAAAGGCUGACUCGAUCUUCCCGGUGCCGCGCGACGCGAUCCUCGCCGGCUGGCGCUUCGAGCACCCGAGCUUGGGCGACGGCCACGAAGGGCGGCGGCGGCGGCGGCGCCAGGGCAGUGGACACGUCCAGGACGUGCCCCUAGGCGACGACUACUCGUGGGGGUGCGGCUAUCCGGGCGACAAGGAGACGGAGCUCUUUCUCGGCAAGCGCAAGCGCGCGCCGGCGCGGCGGCACAAGCUCUACCACGACGCUGGGCUCGAGCCAGUGGCGGCGUGGACUGCUGCAAGGCGCGAAAUGUCUGAGCUGCAGCAGGAGUUCGUUCGUGUCUGUGGGGAGGGCGCCUCCCCCCGGGUGGUCGAGGAGGGCUGGGCCGCGGCGCCCGCGUCGUUUGGCGCUCAGUUUGCGGCUGUCGCAUACCUGACGGGCCUGCGGCUGGGCGAGCCGACACCCGUCGAGCGGCUGGUCCGGAAUGCGGGGAUCAGCGUCAAGGACUUUUUCGGCAGCGUAGAGGAGCAGCACCUGCGGCUGCACCCCGGCGAGCCGAUUCCGGAGGCGCUGCGGCGGCUCAAGGAGCACUACAUGGCCGCCACGGUCGCGUGGAAAAAGUACGACCAGCUCUUCGCCACCCUCUUCCCCUCUGGCUUUGUCGGCGCCGCCACCGCCGACCAAACGACGAGCGACGACUCAAAGCAGCUUGGCUGGUGCGCUUUCCUCGUCGCAAAGUGCCUCGUCUUCGGCGCCAGCGGCGGCGGGAACGUCCUCGACGUGUACCACCUCCUCGUCUGCGUCAUCGAGCUGCUCCUGUCCCACCUCCCACUCGACGCCCGCGGCGGCGCAAUCUGGCAGUCGCUCGGCGCCCUCGUGCCAAAGGAGCACUACCCGAUGCCGGCGCCAGCGCGCGCCGCGCUGCACGCGGAGCUGAAGGCGGAUCCGGACCGGAUCUACAAGCUGGACUCGGCCGUCGCCAAGGUCUCGGCCGACCUGCGCGCCACCCUCGGGCUGCAGCAGGCUGCCGGCGGCCCGAGCAGCGCGCCCGGCCUGCUGCGCGACGCCGCCAGCCUGCGCAAGGCGCGCGAGGCAGUCGACGCGCGCUACGCCAAGCUCGUCGUCGAGACGAAGCAGCCGCUUGACGACCGCGCGCUCUCGAGCAUCGCGUCGCUGCCGAGCGCGUCGGCUGCGGGCGGCGCGAUGCCGCGCGGCGUCACAUCGCCUUGCCGCAGCAGCUCGGCGGCGUGCGCGCGGUCGGGCAACGCGGUGCUGAUGACGCCGCUGCGCGACCCGAACCCGCCCUCGUCGCCCGCGCACAGCCACCUGAUGGCGACGCCGAUGUCGGGCCAGCUGGAGUGCGUCGGUUGGCUGCGCGCGGCCGUGCGCGGGGUCCCGGCGGAGGAGGCGUCUGAGGCGCUCGCCGGGUACUUUGCGCACUGCAGCGCCUCGCCCGCCGAGGCCAUCGAGCAGCGGCUGGACGGGCUUUGCGACAAGCUGCGCGCGGCGGCGGGCGAGUAUGAGGCGGAGGAGAUCGACGAGCAGUGCGUGCUCGGGCGCCGGCUCUACCACAAGAUGCUGCUCGCCUUCCUCGAGUCGGAGGAGAGGCGGCUGCAGCACGGGCACUUUGUCGAGACGCUGCUGUCGCAGGGCAUCUUCCACUCCUCACUCUUCGCCUGCUGCAUGGAGUGCGUGUUCGCCUCCUACUGCAUGCAGUCCUCGGUCUUCCCGCAGAUCAUGCACACCCUCGAUCUCUCGCCCUUCGACCUGUACAAGGUGAUCGACCCCUUCGUCAAGCACGAGCCCAGCCUGCCGCAGUACCUGCGCGUCCACUUCCGCGAGGUGGAGGUCAAGAUCCUCGAGCACAUGGCGUGGGCGCUCGAGUCGCCGCUCCACGCGCAGCUGCGCGAGUACGACGCGCUGCUUGCGUCGCCGGAAGCGGCGGGCGGCGAGUCGCGCGCCGCCACCGCGCUGGAGCAGUUUCUGAAGAAGGUCAAGUAUCUCGCGGCCAGCCGAGUGAACGACCUGUGCCUCCGGCUGCUGCUGCGCAAGGAGCUGGUGGCGCAGAUCUGGGAGUGCAUCAAGGUGGUGGUGGAGGGGCCCGCGCGGCACCUGAUGAGGGGCCGCCACCUCGACCAAAUCAUCAUGUGCACCAUCUACGGUGUGUGCAAGGUCAACAAGCGGCAGGAGGAGGCGCCAAAGACGUUCCGAGACAUCAUCGAGCAGUACAAGCGGCAGGACAAGGCGGCGGCCAAGGUGUUCCGCGAGGACCACCUGCUGCGCAUCCUCGACGCGUCGCGCAAGCAGCAGCGCUCGCCCUGCUCCACGCUCCAGUCCACUGCCGAGUCCGAGAUCCGGCCGCCGAGCGGCGUGCUCGCGUCGCCACAGCGCGUCCUUGGCGACAGAGACGUCUUCGUGUCGCACCCGCGCACGCCAGUGGCGGCGAUGACGCCACGGACGCGCACGCUCUACGCGUUUGGCGACUCGCCGUCCGGGGGCCUCUUGCGCAUCAACCACCAGCUCGCCUCCCAGCCGAGAGACGGGUCCGACGCCGCGAACGCGCUGAGGGCCUUGUCGACCACGCCGUCGCACGGCGCCGCCAGCGCCGCGAUGCCAGCCCCUGCGGCGGUGCCGGCGCCGGUCGAGCGCAAGCGGAGCCACGAGGGCGGGAUGUCGAAAAAGCAGCUCCAGCGGCGGCUCGCCGACGACGGCGCGGCGAUCCCUGUCGACCGCUCAUCGAGCCAUGGCUCCUCCUCAGGGUGACGAGACGCGGUGUUGGGCCGAGGGCGGAGGCCCUCGAGUGGUGGAGGCCCUCCUCCUGAGGCCCUCGCUAGCCUGCGCACGGGCCACGGCCAGGACCCACAACGCACAAGAACGGCAUGUGUUCAAACUCACAAUGUGCGUUGACUGUGUUAUAUGUGGGGCAGCACACAGGUCUCCGGCUGAUCUUGUGUUCGCGUACGUACACCAUUUUUUGAGCCGUUCGUUCUUAACGUCUCU